GCAGAUUUUGUAAGGUAUGUUGCGUCUUGUAGCUAAUGUUUUCACCCGAUAACGUAUAUUUCCAGUCUUUAGUUGCAGUCUUUUGCAUAAUCGUGUUACUGUUAUUACGCAUAUUAAGCAUGGACAACACAAGUCGCAAAAGGUUUCGCCUAGGAUACAACAUGAUGACUCGUCAAGGGAGAAGAAGUCCUGAUGACAAAGAAGAGAUGAUGAUGGAUGCAGCUUUAAAAGAUGCUGGCAUGUUUGAGGAAAACAUGUCUAUUGAAGAUAAAAGAACUUGUUACAAUGUUCUUGAGAUGUCAAAGGACGAGUCGUCAUUCAGAUUAUCGACUUCCGGUCAACCCUCCCCUUCUCAAGCGAGCCCAGACCAUGAACUUCGAGACAGCUUCUCAAAACUCUCAACAACUAAAAAUGUGGAGUCUGCUGAUAUUUUUGAUGAUGUUGAAUGUGGCCAAGUAGCGGACAGCAACACAGCAUCAACAUCGAUUCCUAGGAAUGUCGAUGAAGUCGUUGUAGAGGAAAGAAGCCGGCCCCGCCCCUCAUUAAGCUUGAAAUCAACUUCAGAGAGGAAUAUGGGGCGUGGUCGAGCUAAACCAAUAAAAUACAAAUACCCUUCUCUGCCAAUAAAUGCUCCUGGACAGAAAUCUACCUCUUCCUCAAACUGUACCUCAGGCUCUCAUCAAGAUGCUGAGAGCUCCAUCAGACCACCGGAUCAAUCUCUGAACCUUGAGUCAAACUUAAAGAAUGUUUCUGCAAAUCAACCCCUCUCAUCUCCUCAGGCAACUAGCACAGAGGAGAUUGAAAAUAUGUUGCUAGAGAGCCCAAAACAAAGUGCCAGUGUAGAUGACAACUUACUCAAAGAAGAAGAAAUAAAACAAGAAAUAAAACAAGAAGAAGAGCUUGAUGUUGAAUCUUUAAGUCCAGAUGAGAGAGGAGUCACAGUAAAAAAUGAAAAGCCCUCUUCCCCUGCCUCUGUUGAAGAUGUGGGGGAAGACUACAUUAAGGAACCUCCAAAAACAGUUCAGGUUGGGAAGAGACCAUGUCAAGUCAGUCCUUUGGAGAAUUUGCUCAGGCCAUUGCCUAGCUGUUCAAUUUCCUUAUUCCUCAAGGAUUUGGAACAAUUUAAAGGCGAUAAAACCCUGUGGAUGAAGCAUGCUAAGGAGGCCUGCCGAACUGCAAGAUACGCGUUCAUCGACAAUUUAUUGAAAGAAAACCCUCACUGGGGUCAACCAGUAUCUGAUACAGGCUACAACAAUCAGACACUUUUUAAACAACAAGCUCCUUCGUAUAGUAAGCUUUUUAGUGAUAGGUCUACAGACCAGCAAGUCAGCAACCGACCUGAACGUCAGUCAAAGACUCAGGCUAUAUCAAAGAUAAGUGAAAGCACCACCCAAUGGGCUGAGCCAGAAUACCACAGUCUUAGGAGACUCAAACAGAGAGACCUUAAAGAAGAUCACUCUGGAAAUAGGCCUCAAAGGAGAAAACCUGAAACAUUUAUUGAUGAUGAUGACUGUGUUGAAUAUCCUAGUGGAAGUAGUGGUGAAAUUUGGCCAGUUGAAAGGACUGAACAGAAAAAGAAGACUGGGGAUAGUGAUUCUGAAGCAUCACCUGAUUCACCCAACAUCUCACAUGGCUUACAUGAUCCUUAUGAGUUCCCUGGAGAUGAUAACUGGAACACUGCAACAAGUAAAAACAAAAAUAAAAACAACAAGAAAGGUGGGAAACAGAACCAAGGUGACAUUGAAGUUGAAUGCAAACAGCCCGCUCGAAUUGGUACUCAGACUCCGGCCCAGCGUGGGCGCCAUAGCAAAACCUCUAGAGUCCAGAAAGGUGCUAUAUCAAGACCAUCAGAACAUGCAACACCAGGUAACAAUGCAAGGAAUAGAGGUGCUUCUGCUGACCAGUCUGAAGAUACAAAUUCCAAAAACAAUAAUAGGUGGUUGACCUCAAAUCAUAAUGAGAAUUCCUCUGAUAUUCCUACUCAAAAGUUUUAUCCACCCAAAGUAAGUCAACCUCGAAACCCUCCCUCAAUGCUGCGUAAAAAUUCAAGAGAAAGUAAAAGCCCAGAAGACUUUCUUGGUUCGCCUAGUUCUUCAGGAGCCCUAUAUGGAAGACAUCAGGAUGGUCAAAGUGAAGAAGCAGCAGUUGAAAGAAGGGAGUGUCCCAUUUGUUUUAAAAACUUUCCUGCUACAGAAAUCGAGGCUCAUAGCAGCGGUUGCAACGAUUGGCAAGGUGGUGCGCAAGGGGAGAAGCUAUUAGAUGAAAAUCAGAGCAAGGGAGGGUCAGACAAAAUAGCCAAAGUAACAGGCAAGGGAGAGUUGUCAUCCAGUGAUGGAGAGAACCAAUCAGCAUGUGACCAAUGUAAUUUGCUCAUCAAUGAAAAAUUAUUAGCUAAUCACACUAAAGAAUGCAAGGGAAAUCUCUCUGCCCCACCUUCUGGUCUCAAAAGAGGAAAUUCUCCUGAAAGGGAUGAUGGACCUGCCAAAAAGUCAACACGCCUUGUGCUGUAGUGCCAAUAAUCAGACUAAGCUUACUAUUUGCAUUUGGUAUUUUGGUAUUUUGUUCUCCUUCACCUGCUCUUAUAUAAGAAUAGGGUUAGUGUAAGAUUUACUUGAAAUCUAGGUAAUUUACCUUGAUAUUAUUUAAGACUUUGUGAUAUUUCUCUAUUACCUAAAUAUAAGUGUACCAAUCUUAAAGCAAAAGUUAAGAAUAUAUAGAUAUAUUUUCAAAAACAAAGGAUUGUGCCUGUCACUUAGCAAUUGAAGUGUGUUAGAUGAUAAAUAUCCAAUUUAUAUUUUUAUCUGAAUGGGAUUUGUUAACACAUCUUUGAUAAUGUUACGUAUUUAAAUAUUUGGUAAUGAAAA